GAAAUGGCCACUGAGUGCAGCUUGCAGUUGCCGGGUUUUGAGUUCUCUCUGACACCAACCAGCCAGCCAGCAGAUGGGGAGGACUGGUAAGGGGCGUGGAGGGGGACUCAGCAGAGGCACCAAGGAUCUUCUGGAUGAAUUGUCCACAUUAGUGUGCCCCUGGGGGCUCCCGCCGGAGCGCAGAGGGCAAGGACGGGCCCACGGACUGCAGGUACCAGAGAACUGAGAUGGGAAAUGCAGCUGUCUGUUCGUCUUGCCAUGCAGAUAAGAGUGUGAGGGCACAAGGAAACAGGCAGGAAUUGGAUAAAGCUCCAGACUACUAUGGCUAUAGCAGUGAAGACGUCAAAGAGCCUGGAGUGCGGUCUGACAGCAAUGCAAGCUUCCUACGUGCUGCCAGAGCCGGCAACCUGGACAAAGUAGUGGAAUAUUUGAAGGGGGGCAUAGACAUCAACACCUGCAAUCAGAAUGGACUCAAUGCUCUCCAUCUGGCUGCCAAGGAAGGCCAUGUGGGGCUGGUUCAGGAGUUGCUGGGAAGAGGCUCUGCUGUGGAUUCUGCCACUAAGAAGGGAAACACUGCCCUUCACAUCGCAUCUUUGGCUGGACAAGCGGAAGUCGUGAAGGUUCUUGUUAAGGAAGGAGCCAAUAUCAAUGCCCAGUCUCAGAAUGGCUUUACUCCUUUAUAUAUGGCUGCCCAAGAGAACCACAUUGAUGUUGUAAAGUAUUUGCUGGAAAAUGGAGCUAAUCAGAGCACUGCUACAGAGGAUGGCUUUACUCCUCUCGCUGUGGCACUCCAGCAAGGACAUAACCAGGCGGUGGCCAUUCUAUUGGAGAAUGACACCAAGGGCAAAGUCAGACUGCCAGCCCUGCAUAUUGCCGCGAGGAAAGACGACACCAAAUCUGCCGCACUCCUGCUCCAGAACGAUCACAAUGCUGACGUACAAUCCAAGAUGAUGGUGAAUAGGACAACCGAGAGUGGUUUUACCCCUUUGCACAUAGCUGCACACUAUGGCAAUGUCAAUGUGGCAACUCUGCUUCUAAACCGAGGAGCUGCUGUGGACUUCACCGCCAGGAAUGGAAUCACUCCUCUGCACGUGGCUUCCAAGAGGGGAAACACAAACAUGGUGAAGCUCCUGUUGGACCGAGGUGGUCAGAUUGAUGCCAAAACUAGAGAUGGGUUGACACCACUUCAUUGUGCUGCACGGAGUGGGCAUGACCAAGUGGUGGAACUCCUGUUGGAACGAGGUGCUCCCUUGCUGGCAAGGACGAAGAAUGGACUGUCUCCACUUCAUAUGGCUGCACAGGGAGACCACGUGGAGUGUGUGAAGCACUUGUUGCAACACAAGGCACCAGUGGAUGACGUCACCCUAGACUACCUGACAGCCCUCCAUGUUGCUGCACAUUGUGGCCACUACCGUGUAACCAAACUCCUUCUGGACAAGAGAGCCAAUCCUAACGCCAGAGCCCUGAAUGGUUUUACUCCACUGCACAUUGCCUGCAAGAAAAACCGCAUCAAAGUCAUGGAACUGCUGGUGAAAUAUGGGGCUUCAAUCCAAGCUAUAACAGAGUCUGGCCUCACACCAAUACAUGUGGCUGCCUUCAUGGGCCACUUGAACAUUGUCCUCCUUCUGCUGCAGAACGGAGCCUCUCCAGAUGUCACUAACAUUCGCGGGGAGACAGCAUUGCACAUGGCAGCCCGGGCAGGCCAGGUGGAAGUGGUCCGAUGCCUACUGAGAAAUGGUGCCCUUGUUGAUGCCAGAGCCAGGGAGGAACAGACACCUUUGCAUAUUGCUUCCCGCCUGGGUAAGACAGAAAUUGUCCAGUUGCUUCUACAACAUAUGGCUCAUCCUGACGCAGCCACUACAAAUGGGUACACACCGCUGCACAUCUCUGCCAGAGAAGGCCAAGUUGAUGUGGCAUCAGUCCUCUUGGAGGCAGGAGCAGCUCACUCCUUGGCUACCAAGAAAGGCUUUACUCCCCUUCAUGUAGCAGCCAAGUAUGGAAGCCUGGAUGUGGCAAAACUUCUCUUGCAACGCCGCGCCGCCGCAGACUCUGCAGGAAAGAAUGGCCUUACCCCACUCCAUGUUGCUGCUCAUUAUGACAACCAGAAGGUGGCGCUGCUGUUACUGGAGAAGGGUGCUUCCCCUCAUGCCACUGCCAAGAAUGGCUAUACUCCUUUACAUAUUGCUGCCAAGAAGAAUCAAAUGCAAAUAGCGUCCACACUCCUGAACUAUGGAGCAGAGACUAACAUUGUGACAAAGCAAGGAGUCACUCCACUCCACCUGGCCUCGCAGGAGGGGCACACAGAUAUGGUCACCUUGCUUCUGAAUAAGGGAGCCAAUAUUCAUAUGUCAACCAAGAGUGGACUCACCUCCUUACACCUCGCAGCCCAGGAAGAUAAAGUGAAUGUUGCUGAAAUUCUCACCAAGCAAGGGGCUGACAAGGAUGCUCAUACAAAGCUUGGUUACACUCCUUUAAUUGUGGCCUGUCACUAUGGAAAUGUGAAAAUGGUCAACUUUCUUCUGAAGCAAGGAGCAAAUGUUAAUGCAAAAACAAAGAAUGGCUACACGCCUCUGCACCAGGCCGCCCAGCAGGGCCACACGCACAUCAUCAACGUCCUGCUCCAGCACGGGGCCAAACCCAACGCUACCACUGCGAAUGGUAACACCGCCUUGGCCAUUGCGAAGCGGCUGGGCUACAUCUCUGUGGUCGACACCCUGAAGGUUGUGACAGAGGAGAUCACCACCACCACCACGACUAUCACAGAGAAACACAAGCUGAAUGUUCCCGAGACAAUGACUGAGGUUCUUGAUGUUUCUGAUGAAGAGGCUUUAAAACAGUUUGGUGACAACUUUAUUGAUGGGGAAGCACUUAGUGACUCAGGUGAUGAUACAAUGACAGGCGAUGGGGGAGAGUACCUCAGGCCUGAGGACUUGAAGGAGCUGGGUGAUGACUCACUGCCCAGCAGUCAGUUCCUGGAUGGCAUGAACUACCUGCGGUACAGUCUGGAGGGAGGACGGUCUGACAGCCUUCGAUCCUUCAGUUCCGACAGGUCUCACACUCUGAGCCAUGCUUCCUACCUGAGGGACAGUGCCAUGAUUGAUGACACAGUUGUGAUUCCGAGUCACCAGGUGUCAACUCUAGCCAAGGAGGCAGAAAGGAAUUCUUAUCGUCUAAGCUGGGGCACUGAGAACCUAGACAACGUGGCUCUUUCUUCCAGCCCUAUUCAUUCAGGCCGCACCUCUCCAUGUCUUGAUCGUGACAACAGCAGUUUCCUGGUUAGUUUUAUGGUGGAUGCCCGAGGUGGUGCUAUGCGAGGAUGUAGACACAAUGGGCUCCGAAUCAUUAUCCCACCUCGGAAAUGUACCGCUCCAACCCGUGUCACCUGUCGACUGGUCAAGCGCCAUAGACUGGCGACAAUGCCCCCGAUGGUGGAAGGAGAAGGCCUGGCCAGUCGCCUGAUCGAAGUCGGACCUUCUGGUGCUCAGUUCCUUGGGCCUGUGAUCGUGGAGAUUCCUCACUUUGCGGCCCUGCGAGGAAAGGAAAGGGAGCUGGUGGUCCUGCGCAGUGAGAAUGGUGACAGCUGGAAAGAGCAUUUCUGUGACUACACCGAAGAUGAACUCAACGAAAUCCUUAAUGGCAUGGACGAAGUGCUAGAUAGCCCCGAAGACCUGGAAAAGAAGCGAAUCUGCCGCAUCAUAACCCGUGACUUCCCACAGUACUUUGCCGUGGUCUCCCGCAUCAAGCAAGACAGCAAUCUGAUUGGUCCCGAAGGAGGCGUGCUGAGCAGCACGGUGGUGCCCCAGGUGCAGGCCGUCUUCCCAGAGGGGGCACUAACCAAACGGAUCCGUGUAGGCCUGCAGGCUCAACCUAUGCACUCUGAACUGGUUAAAAAGAUACUAGGUAACAAAGCUACCUUCAGCCCUAUCGUCACUUUGGAACCCAGAAGAAGAAAAUUCCACAAGCCAAUUACAAUGACCAUUCCUGUCCCCAAAGCUUCAAGUGAUGUCAUGCUGAAUGGUUUUGGGGGAGAUGCACCAACCUUAAGAUUACUAUGCAGCAUAACAGGUGGAACCACCCCUGCUCAGUGGGAAGAUAUUACAGGAACUACGCCAUUAACAUUUGUCAAUGAAUGUGUUUCCUUUACAACCAAUGUGUCUGCCAGAUUCUGGCUCAUAGACUGUCGUCAGAUUCAAGAAUCUGUUGCCUUUGCUUCACAAGUGUAUAGAGAAAUUAUCUGUGUACCUUAUAUGGCCAAAUUUGUAGUGUUUGCCAAAUCACAUGACCCCAUUGAAGCCAGGUUGAGAUGCUUCUGCAUGACUGAUGACAAAGUGGACAAGACCCUCGAACAACAAGAAAACUUUGCUGAGGUUGCCAGAAGCAGGGAUGUGGAGGUAUUAGAAGGAAAACCCAUAUAUGUGGAUUGUUUUGGCAACCUGGUGCCAUUAACCAAGAGUGGCCAACAUCAUAUAUUCAGUUUUUUUGCUUUCAAAGAAAACAGACUUCCUCUCUUUGUCAAGGUACGUGAUACAACUCAGGAACCUUGUGGACGACUGUCAUUUAUGAAGGAGCCCAAAUCUACAAGAGGCCUGGUGCAUCAAGCUAUUUGCAACCUAAACAUCACCCUGCCAGUUUAUACAAAGGAAUCAGAGUCAGAUCAAGAACAGGAGGAAGAGAUCGAUAUGACAUCAGAAAAAAAUGAUGAGACAGAAUCUACAGAAACAUCUGUCCUGAAAAGUCACCUGGUUAAUGAAGUUCCUGUCCUAGCAAGUCCGGACUUGCUCUCUGAAGUUUCUGAGAUGAAACAAGAUUUGAUCAAAAUGACUGCCAUCUUGACCACAGAUGUGUCUGAUAAGGCAGGUUCUAUUAAAGUGAAGGAGCUGGCGAAAGCUGCCGAGGAAGAGCCAGGAGAGCCUUUUGAGAUUGUGGAAAGAGUGAAAGAGGACUUAGAGAAGGUGAAUGCGAUCCUGAGAAGCGGAACCUGCACAAGGGACGAAAGCCACAUGCAGGGCUCUCAGUUUGAGAGAGAGUUAGUGGAGGAGGAUUGGGUUAUUGUUAGUGCUGAGGAAAUACAAGAGGCUAAGCAAAAAGCACCUGUAGAGAUCACUGAAUACCCGUGUGUAGAAGUUAGAUUAGAGAAGGAACCCAAAGUCAAAACUGAGAAAGACCCAACUGGGCUAGUGAAGUACCUAACAGAGGAUCUCAAUUCCUAUGAGUCUCCACACAAGGAGACCCCUCAGAUACAGACCACUCAGGACACUUCCGGGGAGCAAAAGGAGGCUCCCUGUACUACCAGGGCCUCGGCAAGUAGAGGGAAGGAUGCACCCUCCGAAGAGAUACAAGCCACACAGAAGCAGCAUAAGCCAAGCUUGGGCAUCAAAAAGCCUGUGAGACGGAAAUUAAAAGAGAAGGAGAAGCAGAAGCAGAAAGAAGAGGGUUUGCCAGACAAAGCUACAGACAAAACUGAACUGAAAAAAGGCAGCUCAGAGGAGUCAUUAGACGAAGACCCAGGUCUGGCCCCUGAGCCUCUUCCUACUGAGAAGGCCACAUCUCCGUUGAUUGAAGAAACUCCCAUUGGUUCCAUAAAGGACAAAGUAAAAGCCCUUCAGAAGCGCGUGGAAGAUGAGCAGAAAGGUCGGAGCAAGUUGCCCAUCAGGGUCAAAGGCAAGGAGGACUUGCCAAAGAAGACCACCCCCAGGACGCACCCCACUGUGUCACCUUCCCUCAAAUCAGAGAGGCACCCCCAGGCAUCCCCUUCCUCUAAAACGGAGAGACACUCUUCUCUUUCCUCCUCUGCAAAACCAGAACGGCACACUCCACUGUCACCAUCAAAUAAAACCGAGAAACACUCACCUGUGUCCCCGUCCCCCAAGACGGAAAGACACUCGCCAGUGUCAUCAUCAGGUAAAACCGAGAAGCACUCACCUGUAUCACCCUCAACCAAGACAGAAAGGCACUCCCCUGUGUCAUCUGCAAAACCAGAAAGACACACACCUGUGUCCCCCGCAGGCAAAGCAGACAAACGUCCACCUGUCUUGUCCUCUGGGAGGACAGAGAAACAUCCACCUGUGUCACCUGGAAGAACAGAAAAACGUCUACCCGUCUCACCCUCGGGAAGAACAGAAAAGCAUCCAACGACUGGGAAAACUGAGAAGCACCUGCCCGUCUCACCUGGAAAAACAGAGAAGCAACCACCUGUAUCUCCCACCUCCAAAACAGAAAGAAUCGAAGAAACCAUGUCUGUCCGGGAGCUGAUGAAGGCCUUCCAGUCUGGUCAGGACCCAUCAAAACAUAAAACUGGACUCUUUGAGCACAAAGUGGCCAAACAGAAGCAACCACAAGAGAAAGGGAAAAACCGGGUCGAGAAAGAAAAGGGGCAUACAACAAACACACGAGAAUUGCAGAAAACGGAGAGUCAGACAAUCAAACGUGGCCAGAGAUUUCUGGUAAUUGGAACUUCGGAACCCAAAAGGGGAAUCCGGGCCUCCACCAUAGGAUUCAAGAAAGAAGAUGCGGUGGGAGAAAAGGAGAAAGCGCUUGGGCCCAAAACAGAUGAAGUUGUGCAGUCAACACCAGAAGAAGAAAGCCACAGAGACAGCGACAUCCCCAAAGAAAAGAUGGCAGAUGAACAGGGUGACCUGGAUCUCCAGAUCAGCCCAGACAGGAAAACAUCCACCGACUUCUCUGAUGUCAUUAAGCAAGAGCUGGAAAACAAUGACAAAUACCAAGAAUUCUGCCUAAGUGCAGAAACCACUGAAAAGGUCCAACUGCACUUAGACCAAGUGCUCACCAGUCCUUUUAACACUACAUUUCCAUUAGAUUACAUGAAAGAUGAAUUCCUCCCUGCUCUUUCUUUACAGAGCAGUGCUUUGCCUGGCAGUUCUGAAAGCUUGAAACAUGAAGGAAUUGUGGGCUCUCCUUGUGGCAGCCUCAUGGAGGGUACCCCACAGAUCAGUUCAGAGGAAAGCUAUAAGCAUGAGGGCCUAGCAGAGACCCCAGAGACCAGCCCAGAAAGCCUUUCUUUCUCACCAAAGAGAAGUGAGGAGCAGAUUGGGGAACCAAAGGAAACCACCCAGUUAGAAACACCAACAGAAAUUCAUUCAGAAAAAGAACAUCCCACCACCAAAGACAUGACGGUUGAUCCUGAAGGGCCAAAUUCCAUGGUUGCUGAGAGCUCAGGGCCCUCUCCCGAAUAUUUGCGGGAGACAGCCACCCUAGACCCUUCUACAGAUACAUGUUCCAAACCAGAAAAUGAUUACCCUGGAAGUUCUAGUGUGACAAUAGCCAGUCAAAUACCCAAGUCAUCCCAUGAUGCAAAUCAACUUACAUGUGGGGAUUCAGCCCACCACAAGACACAAACUGACAUUGAGACUCAGGAGUCCUCAACACCCUGCAAUGAGAGGAAGGCCCCACCUGAUGCUUCUGCAAAGGCAGACACAGAAACUGAAUCCAAGCCCCCAGGAGUCAUUAGAAGUCCCCAAGGGUUAGAACUUCCACUUCCCAGCCGUGAUAGUGAGGUGCUCAGUCCCAUGGCUGACGAAUCAUUAGUAGUGAGCCACAAAGACUCUCUGGAAGCCAGUCCUGUGCUAGAGGAUAACUCAUCACACAAAACUCCAGAUUCUCUAGAACCGAGUCCUUUGAAAGAAUCUCCGUGCCGUGACUCUCUGGAAAGCAGCCCUGUUGAACCAAAGAUGAAGGCUGGGGUCCUCCCAAGUCACUUUCCUCUGCCUGCAGCUGUGGCCAAAACAGAACUCUUAUCAGAGGUGGCUUCCAUGAGGUCCCGGCUGCUCCGCGACCCUGAUGGCAGUGCUGAGGACGACAGCCUUGAGCAGACAUCGCUCAUGGAGAGCUCUGGGAAGAGUCCUCUCUCACCUGACACCCCCAGCUCUGAGGAAGUGAGCUAUGAGGUCACACCCAAAACCACAGAAACAAGCACACCUAAACCAGCUGUGAUUCAUGAAUGUUCAGAGGAGGAUGACUCUGAAAAUGGCGAGAAAAAGAGGUUCACGCCUGAAGAGGAGAUGUUUAAAAUGGUAACCAAAAUUAAAAUGUUUGAUGAACUUGAACAAGAAGCAAAGCAGAAGAGGGACUGCAGAAAAGAAACCAAGCAAGAAGAAUCUCCUUCAGCCUCAGACCCAGAUGCUGACUGUUCAGCAGAUGGAAAUGAACCAAAAUACGUAGACAGUGUGGAUGGCAAAAGUGAUGUCCCUUUGUUAGUGACUUCAGAGAGCAGAAAGAUUUCUUCCUCCUCAGAAAGUGAGCCUGAAUUGACACAGCUUGAGAAAGGUGCUGACUCAGGGCUUUUACAGGAACCAGUUAUUCGAGUGCAACCUCCUUCCCCACUUCCAUCCAGCAUAGACUCCAGCUCAAGUCCAGAAGAAAUACAGUUCCAGCCUAUUGCUGCCAAACAAUAUACUUUCAAGAUGAAUGAUGAUACUCAGGAAGAGUCACAUACAUCAGAAAAAGAAAAGGAUUGUGAAGCCCAUUUAGCCAAAGACAAUCACAAGAUUUCCACCAUUGACACAGAUAGGCCUGAUGAUGAUCUUAACAGAGUUGCUGAUCAGCCAAAAAUCUGUGAUGGCCAUGGAUGUGAGGCUGUGAGUCCUAGCAGCUCAGGCACUCCUGCCUCUUCAGCUCUCCAGAGUGUAACUAGUGCGGAUGUUGAGGAACAGCUGGCCCUCCAGAAGGAAGCAUUAGCUCUCUCUGACACUGACAAGAAAGACACAGGAGAGAAAGAAGUAGAGGCAUCUGUGGUGGACUCUUCACGGGCAGACUGCCCUAGGGAAAGCUCUCCGUCUUUGUCCUCUUUGCCUCAAUGUCUAGGAUCUGAAGGAAAAGACUGUGGUGUAGACCUGUCAUCCACAUCUUCCACUACAAAAGAGGAGGUCAUAAAAACAGAUCAGGCUUUUCAAAGCCUAUCAAAAGACUGUUCCGCUCUAGACUCAUCUAUGGCAAUGCAGACAGAGGGAUUUUCCAUGAAUAGUCCCAUGUCUGACCUGGCUGAGACCGAUGAAACCUACGAUCCUCAAGUCAUAAGCCCUUAUGAAAAUGUUCCCCCCCAAUCUUUUUUCUCCAACGAUGAAAGCAAACUGCAAAUGCAAUCAAGUCAUACUACAAGCUCUCACUCUUCUGAAGUAUAUUCUGUUACCAUCACAUCCUCUAUUAAUGAGGUCACGGUGGAAAGCACCUGCACUAGAACUGUUUCUGGCCAAGAAUCUAAUAAUGAGAGCCAGAAGAUAGAGAUGGAAUCCAAGCAAGACAGCACCAUGUGGGAAAUGCAAUCAGAGACAACUUUAUCGUCUUCAGAGCCUUCUGUGCUAAAUGCAACAGUCAUCAGUGGUGAAAAAAUAAGCCAAGUCAUCAUCACAAAAACGGAUGUGGAUUCUGAUUCCUGGAGUGAAAUUCGAGAAGACGAUGAAGCCUUUGAGGCACGAGUGAAAGAGGAAGAACAGAAGAUAUUUGGUUUGAUGGUAGACAGACAGUCACAGGGUACCACCCCUGACACCACUCCUGCAAGGACUCCAACUGAAGAAGGGACCCCAACAAGUGAACAAAAUCCAUUUCUAUUUCAGGAAGGAAAAUUGUUUGAGAUGACUCGAAGUGGUGCCAUUGAUAUGACCAAACGCUCCUAUGCAGAUGAAAGUUUCCACUUUUUCCAAAUUGGCCAAGAAUCCGGGGAAGAGGUGCUCUCUGAAGACGUGAAAAUAGGGGCUGCUGCAGUUGGGCCCUCACAAGUAGAGAUAACAGCUGAGUCACCAGCACUUUCAGAAUCAAAAGAAAUGGGGGAUGAUGAAGCAGACUUAGUUCCAGAUGAUCUGAGUGAGGAAUCAGAGGACACACCUGCCUCAGAUACUCAACUCAGCUCCCAAGUGGGCAUUUCAGCUUCCACUGAAAUGUCCAGAGAAGAGGACAUUUCUACAGGGACCAAGGACCUCCCUGCCAUGCAAAUGGAGACUGCGCUUCCUGUGUCAUCUUGCCCUGACGCCCCUGAACCAGGUGCUCAGGUUCAGUUAGAUUUCUCCACUGUUAUCAGGUCUGUACAUUCAGGCCGAGAUGAUGAUUCUCCCGAUUCUUCCCCAGAGGAACAGAAAUCAGUGAUUGAAAUCCCUACUGCUUCAAUGGAGAAUGUGCCUUCUGCUGAAAGCAAAUCCAAAAUUCCUGUCAGGACUAUACCCACCUCAAUCCCAGCCCUGCCCUCUGCAGAGAAUGAGAAUUCACUCUCUGAAGAGUUUCUGUCCAGUCUGGAUGAAGAAAAUAAGGAGGAUGAAAUAAAACCAAAGUCCAAAAUCCCCAUCAAAGCAUCUGUCCAAAGAGCAGAGCAGCAGCUCUCGCAACCAGACUUGACUCUGCAGAAGACAGAAGACUCAGCAGCUUCUCAGGGACAGGACACAGCGAGGAAAACUCCAGUUGAUGGAAGCAAAUCUGAAUCUGAUGAUAGCCCUUUGGACUCUAACACCAGAUGCCCAGUAAAACACACAGGUGACACUGAGACAGAGGUAGAGACCAGAGAGAGAGCAGAGGAGCUUGAGUCAGAAGAAGGGGGCACGACACCAAAGAUAUUUUCAUCCCGAUUGCCAGUUAAGAAUAGAAGUAGCACAUCCUCCAGCAGUGGGGGCUUGAGCCCCACUAAAGAAAGUAGGGAGCAUUUCUUUGACCUGUACAGAAACUCCAUCGAAUUCUUUGAGGAGAUUAGUGAUGAGGCUUCCAAGUUAGUGGAUAGACUUACUCAGUCAGAAAGAGAGCAGGAAGUAGUUUCAGAUGAUGAAAGUAGUAGCGCCCUGGAAGUUUCAGUAAUUGAAAAUCUGCCACCUGUUGAGACCGAGAACUCAGUUCCUGAGGACAUCUUUGACACAAGGCCCAUUUGGGAUGAGUCCAUUGAGACUCUGAUUGAACGCAUCCCUGAUGAAAAUGGCCAUGACCAUGCUGAAGAUCCACAGGAUGAGCAGGAACGGAUCGAGGAAAGGCUGGCUUAUAUUGCUGAUCACCUUGGCUUCAGCUGGACAGAAUUAGCAAGAGAGUUGGAUUUCACUGAAGAACAAAUUCAUCAAAUUCGAAUUGAGAACCCCAACUCCCUUCAAGACCAGAGUCAUGCACUUCUGAAGUACUGGCUAGAAAGGGAUGGGAAGCAUGCUACAGACACCAUCCUCAUUGAAUGUCUUACUAAGAUCAACCGAAUGGAUAUUGUUCAUCUCAUGGAGACCAGCACAGAACAUCUACAGGAGCGCAUCACUCAUAGCUAUGCAGAAAUUGAACAGACCAUUACGCUGGAUCAUAGUGAAGGGUUCUCAGUCCUCCAGGAGGAACUCUGUACAGCACAGCACAAGCAGAAGGAGGAACAAGCUGUGUCUAAAGAGAGCGAGUCCUGUGACCAGCCUCCUAUCGUCUCAGAGGAAGACAUCUCUGUUGGCUAUUCGACUCUUCAGGAUUGCAUCCCCAGAACAGAGGGGGACACAGCACUCUCCCCUCAAACUCAAAAGGAGCAACUUCACCAGGAUUUCUCGGGAAAAACGCAAGACCUGCCUGAGGAGUCAUCUCUUGAAUAUCAGCAGGAAUACUUUGUGACCACCCCGGGAACAGAAGUGUCUGAGUCUCAACCAGCUGCAGCCAUCCUUAGCUCUCCCGGGAAGACUCCAGAGGAAAUUGGUACCCCAGCGGAGGAUGAUAGACCAUACCUCCAGACGCCAACGCCCAGUGAGCAGGGAGGCUCACCCAUUGUACAAGAACCUGACGAACCACCACAGCCCAGCGGGAAGAGCUCUCCACGCAAGAACAGCCUGGUGAUCCUGGAGUCAGUUGAUGAGCAGCCACAGACAGUGGGGACACUUGAUGCAGACACCUUUCAAAAGGAGCUAACAGAGGAAUUAGGGGAGCUGGAGGUCAGCUCAGACGAGGAGGCGACAAUAACCACCAGGGUUGUCCGUCGGCGAGUGAUUAUUCAGGGAGAUGACAUGCCUGACCUCCCCCCAGAAACCGUCACUGAAGAAGAAUACAUUGAUGAGCAUGGACACACUGUGGUGAAGAAGGUGACUAGGAAAAUCAUCCGGCGGUAUGUGUCCUCUGAUGGCACAGAGAAAGAAGAAAUCACAGUGCAGGGAGUGCCACAGGAGCCUGUCGACAUCACCGAGGAGGACGCCUACUCCAAAGUUAUAAAGCGGGUCAUCCUGAAGAGUGAUAUCCAACAGUCAGAGGUCACUUUGUCUGAACCCAGCAUUUUGUCCAGUACCUCCCAAUUUGAGGUUGAACCAGUGGAAGGCCGUAGAGUCAGCAAAGUUGUUAAAACAACUAUGGUGCAUGGAGAGAGAAUGGAGAAACAUCUUGGGGAUUCUAAUUUAGUCACUGAUCUUCCUUCAGCCAAAGAUGACUUUGAAGAGGCUUUGAGUUAUGCAGGUAGCACAAUGAAAGUCCACUUUCCCAGUUUAGUAGAGAAUGAAAUCCUGAAAGAGGAUGGAUCAGUCAUUAAAAGGACAACGCUGAGUAAAGCCAGAACACAGAAGAGGGCUGUGGUGAAGGACCAGCAUGGAAAACACAUUGACUUGGAGCACCUGGAGGAUGUGCCAGAAGCACUAGACCAGGACGACCUCCAGCACGAUCUCCAGCAACUUCUCCGGCACUUCUGCAAGGAGGACUUGAAGCAAGAGGCCAAAUGAGGAGCUAACCAAUUCUCCCACCAGAAACCUUGUGUUCACUCAAUAUGCAAUUUCCCAUUUCUGCACGGGAGUGAUGUAACUGACCUAACCUACUGGGAUAUCCUGGCAUUUCCACUGUUAGCAAAUAUACUGCAUUCUAUUUUCAUUUCUUCCCUACCCCACCCCCAUCCUCUUUAAUGAAAAGCUAAUUUGUGACCAAAGAUAGCAUCCUUCAUUUUGGAUGCUGUAUCCACUACUUAGUUAUAUCUGUACUAACCUGGGGAUCGGCCACCUCCAAUGUUCUUUGCUUCUGCGCAAGCUCCAUGAAAAUCCAUUGAUCGGAAGAACUUCACCUGCAGACCUCUUCAAGUGACAAUUUAUAGGAACCCUGCAGAGGGAUUUCCAUGUACAAUGUAUAUAGCUGAAAUGCUCAGAUGAACAACAUAUUAAAGUUAAAACCACUGCCUAUCAUGACUACAUCGGGCAUCAUGGAAUAAAAGGCCCCUAGAAAUUGAUGAACAAUGGUUAAUAAGAUAUUGCUAACACAAUCGAAUGACAAUGCUGUCCUACUACGCAAGAAGCACUUCAGACCCGUUGUGACCUUAGAACUUCCAGAGUAACCAUUGCUCCCAGUUAAAGAUGGGUUAAUAGCCUUGAAGAACCGUCUUCAUGGAGAAGUUUGUGCUGGUGCUGGCCAGACAUGAUGUGUGAUUCUCCAACAGCCACUCACAGGGAGGGGAGGAAGGGAGCAGGAGUGAAGCAAUGAUGUAUCCAGGAGCUGGCAACUACAUGCUGUGGCUUCCUAGCAUCUUCAGGUCUCUUAAAUCUUGGACACAUUGGCAGGGUAUUUUACAAGCUAUAACUACUGUAGUUUUCCAGUUUCCAUUGCUGCUUUAGCAAACCAUGCUGUCUUACUAGUGGCAUUCUCUUCUGGCCACUGCACUGUAGAUAAUUCAUUGGAAACAAGACUUGCCCACUACUCAAAAGGUUAAAGCCCUUCACCAUGUUGGAGUGGUUUCUUUUUUCUUUUUUCCAGGUUUAUAUCUUCUCUACUACCUGCAUGUGGCAUUCAAAAAUCAAAUCCAUGGUCCAAACGCUCAUCUAAUCACGUUCAUAGUUUUCAUUCUUUUUACCCUGAGUGAACACUUCACUGUCCAGCUAGAUCUGUUUUUCAGCUUGUCGAUGAGAUUGAGAAAUCUUUGAGAAUUUGGUUUUGGUUAAAAUUUGGGAUUUAUUUUUUUUAAAUCCAUACUCCCUUGGAAAUUCUGAAGUGCAUUCAUGCACUUUUGUGUUUGUUUGUUUUAAGAAAGGGACUAUAACAAUCCUAGUGACCCCAAUGUCCUAGUCCAUAUCCUUCUAGUGGUUGAGGCUGUGUAGCAUUUUAACAUACAUAUAUAUAUAUACACACAUAUAUAUUCACAAAUAUAUUCAGAAAUGGCAUACAUUUUCAAUCAGUUAUCUGUUAAAGAAAGUAUAUUCAAAGAAGAUGAAACUUUAAAAAAGAAAAAAAGAAUCAACCUUCCAGGAAUUGAACAUUUUCCAAUUCUGUCUGGUCUUUUCCUGUUGUGCAAAAAUGACUCAUCGCUCCAAAUGUCAAAAACAAAUGUGGCAAACAAUGGCACUUCAUCAUUUAAAAUAACAUUGCCAAGAGAGAAAAUUUCCUAAGAGGGAGGUUUCCCAUAAACCAAAUCUCCUAAGUCUCAAAUGCUAGUGCUUUUUGGCAGUUGGGUAGGAAAUAAAGCAUUCUUUGGCAGCCAAGAUGAAAGAGGCCCAGGGUGAAACUUUUUGAGACACACCAGGGCCUUCUUGUCAAACUUUCACUGGAGCUCAAGAAAAGCAUUUCUGUUGUGCUGUUUGCAGUGCAGAUGAUGUCUGUGUAACAACAUAAUGGUUAGUCACCUUUUCGAUUUUGAUUUCUUUUUGCUGUGUUAUCAAAAAAAAAACUUGAAUACUGUGAGAAGAAGUGAAUUUUUCAGUUGACGAAUCAGCAUCUUGUUCCCAUGGUGAUAACACUAAUUGAAUAUAUCUAUGAGGGCAUGUAUUAGUUAAUGGAAAAACUACAACACUAACAAUACAUAGCUGCAACGUGUACAAUGGCUGAUUUAAUUCAAUAAAAUGUACAAGUGUUAAAUGUG